UGUGUGCUCGAUUCGCGGGGAACAAAACGUUUUUCUUCUGUAUAGCUGCACGUAGAGUUCUCUUCGAAAAAAAGAAGAGAGUCUAAACGGGAUUGUUUUGUUAUUAUUGUGUAUUCGUACGUGUAAAUGUACGCGAAGUGUAUAAUGGAAGCGUAUAAUGAGUGUUUUAUAAUUUCAAUGAGUAAAUUAUGAAAUUAAACCCACAUAAAAAUGGGUUCUCGUGUUUUGUUAUAUGCCCAACGACGGGGGAUAAUUGCCGCACAGAUGUUCACGGAUACGUAUGAAAUGUGUCGUUGACGUGACUAUGUGACAUCGGAAACGAGGGAGAGGGUGAGAGAAAAGAGUGAAAUUAAAAGUGACAAAUACGGAACAGUGGCAGAUAAGAAAAAACAUCCAGAACGGUCUUCGAUUAAGAAAGAGAACGAAUGACUAUGAUGAGAUAACGAACCGAGAAUGAGAUACAGCAGCAGUGACCUCCUCGGUUAUGCAGUCCUCACGCUCACUUUGCAUCUCAAUCAACACGUCGAAGCGGCGUGCAAAGACUCUCACGGCCAAACAUACAACACAGGAGUUUAUUAUGUGCCAGGACCGGAGCCUUGCACACUCUGUGUUUGUGACCAUGGCAAUCCGAAAUGGUGCAAAGCCGUCAUUUGUCAAUUGCCGGAGAAACAAGGUUGCAAGUCCUUUCGAUUUGGCACUGCGUGCUGCGAAUUCAUCUGCUUGGAUGACGGUCUCUCUUCUGUGACCAACGACAAGAUCGAUGGAAACGGAGGAAACUCUACGGAUCUGAGUGCCAACUAUGAUUGGGGGCUCAGACUCGGCGCCAGCUGCAUCACCACUAUUUUCUCAUUGAGUCUUUUAUUUUUCCUCGUCCAUCGUUUAAGACAGAGAAAAAUCAGAGCAGGAAGGCAGAGUCGUCAAUUGGCAGAGGAUCAGCGGAGUUUAGGAAGUAUGGGUUACCUGGAGAGAGGAGGAUUGCCCCGAGGAAUGCAGUUGGACGAUAUGGCGUGCGGAGGUGGUUAUCCAUUGUGGAAGCCACCAGGAAAUUAUUUUCCACGUGGUGAAGCGCCGCCACCGUAUGAGGAAGCAGUGGCAGCAGCGCGUGCGGAGCAAGCGUUGUUGACAAUGAGUCCACACGCGUUAUCGCCUCUGAAUUUGUCGAACCAAUAUUUAACGGCGCACAAUAGUCACGCGAGUGUAUCCUUGGUGAAUACUGGACAAACUGGUUUGCCAGCGAGUUCACCGACACCCUCAAGCCACGCAGUACCGAGCACGUCGCCCUCGAUAUCGUCGUCGGGAAGACCGCUCAGUGCUCCGAAUGUUCACGCUAAUUUUCAUUCCCCAAAUCCGAGCGAUACUCUUAAUCAGGGAAUUUACAAUGGCGCAACGACUACGAGUUUUACAAUGGGUUCGAGCACCUACGAAAAUUUGCCAAAUCCCAUUACCAUGAGCAUUACUCCUCAACAUUCUUGCCUCGAAUCUCAAGAGCAUCAACAACAAAUGCAACAGUCACAGCAGCUACAACAACAGCAACAACAACAGCAGCAGCAACAACAACAACAACAACAGCAACAACAACAAAAACAGCAACAGCCACAAAAACAGCAACAGCCACAAAAUCAACAGCAACAACGAAAUAAUGGCUUACAACUCGCCAUUCCACAGUCGAAAACUUAUCACACUACGCUACCGAGACAAGGCACGGCUUUUACGAUUUCUGCAACUUUGCCGAGCUCUAGUGUUUCUACUCAUCGUACCAUUCCACGCACUUUAACCACGAGCGGCAAUUUACGACUCAGACGAGAUUUCAUGGCCCAUCAACAAGUACCACCGCUCUUUGGUACUCCAUCGAGAAAUCUUUCGCCAGGAAGAUCCCCUAGAUCUGCACCCCCUAUCAUGCCCAGCAACGAUCAACAUUCCGUCAGAUCAGAUGCUUUUUAUGAGGACAUGGUACACGGACCACCCUCUGCACCUCCACAACUCGAAGGCAAACCCAUCGAUCUUCCCACCACGUCCUUAAAUCAUUUUGAUGUUAAGCCUCCGUUACUCGCGAGCGGUGAUAGUCAACAAGACGGUAGUUUUGAUUCGGUGACGUGUACUUGCAGCAUGCAAGCAUUGCCGACGAUUCACGAUGACGCUGAUGAUUACAGAAGUGAAUGCGAGAAUUGUAAGAGCGCAACGGGCUCUCGUUAUUAUUUGGACAACGAGGACGAACUCGUUACUUCGCCCCACGAAACAAUGACCUUACACAGAAGACCUGAGGAAACUGCCGCAAACGUUACGCCACAGUAUUACAGAACUUCCCUAACACUGCCAACAAGUACUCGUCAACGUACGAGAAGCACAGGAACUCGUGGUAAUUGGUUCAGUUCAAUGCCAGAAAGUUCCACAGAAUCUUCAGACGAGGAUUAAAAAGCACAAGAAAACAUCAUCUCUUUAGAGAAAGGUGUAGCUGAUGCCAAAACUUACCGGAUAAACAGCGACAAUGAAACGGUACCAUAUCGAAUGAAUGAAAAAAUUUCGACUGGGUCGUUCCACCUCGGCGGUUCCUCUAGCGAACAAAAACAAUUUUAUCAAGAGACUCGGUUCGUAAUUUGUUGAACCAAGUCGAUAAUUUCCGUGAAUGAAACGCGACAUUGAGAGCACUCUUUUUCUCUUAUUCUCUCUUACUCUCAAUCUGUCUUUUUUCAUCUUUGGACUGUUUUCCCAUGAAAACAAUUAAUAUCGUCAAUGAAUAUUUGUGAUAACAGUUUCGAAGUGAUCGAUUGAAGUUCAUUCAAUUGACUCUUCAAUGAUCGAACUAUUUUAAUUAUAUACACCUAUCAUUGAACAAACGAGUGCCAAACACGUGUUUCAUUUGUUAAUCAUAUAAAUCGUUACCACGGUUCAAUGACCACUAAUCUGUUUUAAUUCUUUCGUUACUCGCUACUGAUUUAUCGCAUCACGAUUACAUGUCGAUAUAUGUGUAUUGAAGUAACGAGCGAGUAACGAGUAUCGGUCGAUACAUUUUUUGGUCAUCUCUGCUGUACAGCCAGUAAAUCGUUUUAACUACCGAUGAAUUCUACGGCUUGAAUUCCUAAUCAUAUUUACGUUUAUCUCCGAGUAUUAUCUGGGACAUUGUUAUCGUGAGAUAUUUCACGAACAUUAUCAAAUUUUUUCACUUACUUAAUUUUCUCUUUCCAUACAAUAUUCUUCAAGGAAUAUUCAAAAACAAUCAAUUUUUACUCUUCGUAAUUUUUUAUAUUUUUGAGUUGAUGAAAAAACAUUCAAUCAAUUCAUUAAUUUGAACGAUUCAAUAAAAAUUGUUCGUUACUUUUUACUACACGAUAGUUGCUAGAAAAAAAAUUGAACUCAUUGUUACGUUUUUUAAAUAUUUUUUUACGCCUAUUUUUGUUAGUAAGUUUUACAUAAUAUAAGUUUUAAAAAACGAUAUAUCAUGAAUGAUAUACUGUGUAUUAAGAUAGUCCAAAAAAAACAUUUUCUAUUUUUCUUUCUGGUCUUAUUAUAUCAAAAGUUUCUAGUAGGUAUAACAAAAAUUCUUCUGCAAGGGCAGCUCCAUAUUUUUAUUCUACCAGACGCUCAACGGAUUUUCGUUUUUCCAUAUGAAUAACAAGUAAAACAAAAAAUUUUCCCAUUUUCUUUGAAUAAAACUUGAAAAAAAUUUCCCACAAGUUCAAUGAAGAUGUUUUUUAGGAAAUUAAAUUCUCUACAAAAAAAGCUCUGAUGUGAUUUUCUCAUAAACCUAAUGGGUUAUCAGACUAUGAGUACGAGUAACUAAGUCAAAUCUAAUCGUAUAUAAUUCAAGAACACAUUUUCUACUCCACUGGACUUUAUUGUAUAAUUUAUAUAUUGCUUUUAUCCUGCGAAUAUUACCCAAAGAAGAGAAGUAACUCGAGAAUUAUGGUGUUAAGGAUAACAUUUCAAGAGAGAAGAACGUUUCAAUUUGUGAUUUUAAAUGCAUUCAUAUUUUCGGAAAUUUCUUUUUUAAAUCUAUAAGAAAAUUAAAAAAAAUAGUAUAUUGUGUACCAAGGAGCUAAAAUCGAACUUAACUCUGAGCGCGAUGUUGUGUGUCAGUACGAGUCGUGUAAAAGUGCCUACUUAAGGUCCCACAGAUACGCUAGAAAAAGUGAAGAAAACGUAGUUGCGUUAUAUCACAUUUUUUUGUUCAAUGUCAAUGAGUUAAAAAUUAUGAGUUAAAACUCUUUUCUAUCUUGAAAUUUUAUCCUAAACUCCAUAAUUCUGGAGUUACGCCGCUUUUUUUUUGAAAUUUUGAAAUAAAAAAUGUCAAAGAUAUAUUCUGAAAUAAUUAUAGCAAGUGCAUUAUGAACCCAGAAAAUUGUUGGUCCUCAUGGCAUUUCCCAUGAACCUUCAUAGUUUUUGAGAUACGUUACAAUUUCUGAAACUCCUUGUUUUUAGCUUAAAUCAGAAUUACUUUUCUGAAAAAAAUCGUACGAUACUUUCUAGUAAAUAAAACUGAAGCUUUUAUAACCCCUUGAAAACAGACAAGGAGAAAAAAGUUCCCACAAGAUAGAUGGACAGUUUAGGAAUGCCGAAAAUUUGUUGAAAACCGGCUCUGCUUGGAAGGACGUGCCAGAAAAAAAAACUCGUAAAAAAUAUUACGAGGUGGCAAAAGGAAGCUCAAUUUGUCCACUUCAAAAUUACUUUUAUUGAAUUUGAUUCCGUUGAUAUUUGACUGAGCUAUCACACUUUUACUGGGAGCAGACAUUUCGAUAGGUAAACCCAAAUUCCUGAGCAAGAGCGUAUAUUAGAGGAUAUAGUUAUGAAGCAUUUACGUAAGUUUAAUAAAAACUUACGUAAGAGCUUUUUCGUAGAGAAUUUAAUUUCCUACAAAAAAAGUGUCCUUUAAAAUUCUGGAACAAAUUUUUUGAAUAAUUUUAUUUGAAGAAAAUGGAAAAAAAAAAAUUUCGCGUGUUUAUAUGAAAAAACGAAGCUCCGUUGAGCGUCUCGUAGAAUCAAAAUAUGAAGCUGCCCUUGCAGGAGAAUUUUUAUAUCUCCUAAAAACUUUUGAAAUGAUAGGAAAAAAACUCCUUUUUUUUGGACCACCUCACUGUGUAUUUUCUGUUUGGAUAAUGAAUUUUAAAAAUUGCAAAUUCAAAUGAUUAUUUUUAUCAGAAUCUGGAGCGAAAUUGAACUUGGAGCGACGAAGCCGAAAAAAGACAAAAAAAUAAAACGAAAGUUUCGAUUUCUAACAAUCAUUUAUAUCUCGUGAAAGUUCACGAUUAAUCAUUAUUUUUCCCGAUUUAAGAUUUUGUACGAUAUUUCUCAUAAGUCUCGUAACUAGGAUGGCUAGUCAUUGAUAAGGAAAAAACAACAAGGAUUUCGUGUGCUCCGUUACGUAUUGAAAUGAGUAUAAAAAUAGUAAAGGUACGUUCAAUGGAUGUGAUGGCAAAAAACGAAAAUAUCGUCAAACAAAAUGCACAACAAAAAAUCAAAAUAGCCAAUGAAUUUAAUUGAAAGAUUAAAAAUUAUCACUAAUAUCGUACAGUAUUUUCAAAAUGGCACUCUCAGAAAAAAAAUGUGGGAGAUCGAUUGAUUUUUUUCCCUCAUUUUUUUCAAUUUUCGUAGCUUUUGUUUGGUGGUACAAGCCGCUGAGAAGCGUAUUCGAAGCAAAAAUUGCGCACAAAUAUACACGGAAUAUUCUCAAGUUGCCAAAGAAUGUAAAGAAAAGUAAGAUAGAAGAAAGGUUGAGCGUAGCGAAACAAGGGAAAGAAAACUAAAGAGCUCAAUGUACAUCGUUAGAAAUCACGAGAACUAUAAUGUGUUCCGUAGUCUCGUAAAAAGAGAAGAGAUUUGAAAAAAUUUUAAAAAUAUAAAAAAAAAGCAGAACGAACGUCGUAAUCUAUCGCUAGAGAAAGAAAAAAUGAAAAGAAGACAAUUAAAAUAAAAUCAUCGUUUACAAACGACGUAAUAUCGUAGAUUCUAUUGACAGUGAAACAAAUAACUGAACUCGAUAGUCUACCAAAAGAAUUUAAAAGACCCACUUACGAAUAUGAUUUGUAUUGAUCAGCUUUCCAAAGAAAGACGAUUGUACUCCGUUAUGAUCCUAAAAUAUGUGUAUAUACGUGAAAAUGUUUAACAUUAUCUUUAUUUUUUCAAAAAACUACGUUAUAAAUAACGAUUAAUUUUACGAUUAUUUUUUCAUUAUUCUUUUGGGGAGAAAAAAUGUCGAGAUUGUGAUAUUCUCGUCAACGCUCGAUUCUCCGUUGUCCCAUUUGUACAUACAGAAUUUUACAUUCCAGAAAAAAAAGGAAACAAAAAAAAACAAUACCAAACAAAAUAUACGUGGGAGUACAAGAAAUUUGUCCUUAAUUCAAGGUUAUCGUUAAGUUUACGAAUAUCAAUAAUUGACAAAUUCUAAACUAGCGCAGUAUUAUUUAUGGCUCCGGCAGGGUUUUCCUCUCUUAAAUCGUUUUUUAUUUUACAAAUAUUCCAACAGACAAUGCGACAGUGCAUUGACGACUUUUCCCCUUCGAGAAAAACGUCUUCGAUACGAUAAACCAUAGACAAUUAAUAAACGAAGAAAAACAUAAUAAUAAUAAUAAUAAUAAUAAUAAAAUAAUGAUAAUAAAAAUAAGAAAAUCAUCAAAAUACGCUGAUUAUUGAUCGUAGAUAAUGGAAAACGAAAUAGUUGCACUUCCAUUUUUACAAUAAUCACCAAUCACACCUUCUAUCCGCUACCGAAAAAAAAUUGUCAUAGUUUAUGAAACUCAAAGUUAUAUUCAUGUGGAAGAAAAACAAACCCAAACAAACUAGUAAAAAUAAUCAAUAUUCCGGCGAAACUAAGCAGAGUUGAAAACAAGAAAUCAAACAAAUUGUAAUGACGAAACACAAUCCGAACAAUGUAAUUCACUGUUUUCGAACAAUUAAUAACACCCGUGUCAAGCAUCGAGGGGUUAAUCGAUUGAAAGAUCACUGCUCGACAAGAAACCAAAAACAUUGUUUUUCGAUUAUUCUCCAUUUUCAUCAAGUUUGUGACAAAAUUACGAUUCCGUUCAUCGACGAACGUUGAAGUUGAUUGUUCAACCCAACUCAUAAGCGGUAAUUGUGCAAAAAAGCAUUGUUUAUCUCUAUCAUAAUUGACGAAUUGUUCAAAGAUUACACAAACCUCGACUGCGCACAAUAAUUUAUUCCAUUGUUUGACGAAAAUCAUUACAACGUUGAAUUUUCCAGCAGCACACAUAUAAAGAACCAAAGUUAAUGGGUAAACUUACAAGAAAAUAAAACACGUUUGUACGACCGAUACUAAAAAUGCUAGCGUUAAAAUGCAACACGGACACGGAAACACGUAGAGAGGGUGUCAGCUCGACCCAGUGCUACUCUCUACUGUGUCAACUGUGCCGAUGCUGCUGAUGCUGCGAUACUCGCUGAGUACAGGAAAGCAAAAAGAAUAAAAUUCCAAAUCCUCCUGACCGAUCAAAAGUUGUGAACAUGUACUACAGAGGCUGUAAAGGUGCAACUAAACGGUCGGAAAAUCCAAGAAAACCACCUCCAUCAGAACCAUCGAAACAAAAACUUGUGUAUGAUACCUCUAGUAACAAUGAAACGACCACGAACAAGCGCACAAGAAACAAAAAACGCCGAGCCCGAUUAUCGGAUGACGAAGAUGACGAUGGAAAAGAGAAAGAAAUGAAACAGCUCAACGAGUAUCGCAGCAUCAGCAAACUUUGUUGUAACAUUUUUCUUAGACGAGUGAGUUCUUGUUUCAAUACAAUUCGAAUCGCCGAUGGCCGACAACUGCUGAGACGCUGCGACUGUAUCACCAGGACUUGUUUCCAAUUUUACUGACAUCUUUGUAUCUGGACUAUCGUCGAUAAUCCAGAUACAAAGCUCCAGGCACAGCUAGGUGCUGCUGACACGGUUGGGCAUUUUGCACAGGGUACAGUUACUACGCUUGGAGAGUUAAACAAUAGCGAGUUACGCGGCACAGUUGACACAGUAGAGAGUAGCUCUGGGUCGAGCUGACACCCUGCCAACACGUAUAUACAUUUAUCUCACGAAUUAACAAGAUGACUUACCCUUAGCAACAAAUCGCUGUAAUAUAUAAACUGUAGCAUGAAGAAAGAACGAUAUUUGCCGACGUUUUAACCACUCGAAGUACGAAGGAAUAAAAAGAAAGAUAAGAACGACGAGAAUUUUAUUUAUAUCGAUGACUCAUAUGUGUAAUAUACGAAUAAAUGAAUAUUUACUUCAUAUUUAUGAAUUACAUUUUUUUGUUAAUUUCUUUUUUAUAUUUGAGAAGAGGGGCGAACGCCAUAAAAUUUCAAUAGUGCGAUUAUUGAAUUCAAAUGAAGAAAGCAAUUCAGAACAGAAGAAAUGAAUGAUUUUGAAUUUUGCAUUUGGUUGGUGCACAAGAGUAUUCUUUACUUUUUUUUUAUCAUUUCAACUCAAAUUUAAACAAAACAAAAAUAUGCAGACGAAUCAGAAAAUUGGUAAACCUAGAAGGAAUACAAAUUUCGAUACUUUUCUCCAAGGGUGCGAAUUUCAAUAUUGUGCUGAUAAAAAAUGAAAGAAAUCCGAUGUUCUUACCAAAUGAGACGUUGAGUAAUGUGAGCGUGUAUGAUUGAAUGUUGCAACGUAACAAAAAUUAAUCGUAAAGUCUAUCACAUUAUCGCUUAUUUAAGAGACAUUCUUCGAUUUAUUAAAAGAUAUAAGUAUUAUAAAUUUUAAUACAGAAUAACAAUAUUCUCGAUUUUUCAAACACUAAACACCAAUUUUGGUUUUCCAUUGGUACACAUGGUUUUUUUUCUAUUUUUUCAAGUCGGUUUUCAUUUUGUUCGUUAAUCGAUGGAACGAGAUCAUUUCUAUUUAUAAUUCUCAUAAAUUUUUUUUCUAAUAAAAGCUAACACGAGGAACUCAGAGGAUAAUCUUGUACUCUGACCUGAAAAUAUGUGAAGUAAAGAAAAAUGGAAAUAUUGCUAUUCUCGUAUAGAAUGAUUAAAGUUAAUUAAAUUCUGUGUACCUGCCGUCGGCGCCCGCUUCUUUCCUGUUUAAAAUUCUCGAGAAGAAAACAAAGUAACGAACCCUUGAGAAUAAUAGACUUUCAGGUAAAACGAAUAAGGCGAAAGAUUAUUUCGAAUGAUUAAAUCGAUCGAUCGAUCGCCGUUUUUGAGCAAUCUAUUGCGAUACACUUUUCAGCGAAUUCCUUCUCUAGUUCUACUGCAUAAUUGUGUAUCGAUAUAUCCCAAUACCCUCCGACGCGAGUACGAAUGAGUUUAUCAAAAAAUUUCACGGCUGUGCUUAACCUCAACCUCGCGUAACAUCUCAACGAAGCAGAAAAAAAAACGAACAUGCAUAGAAAAGGGGGAAAAAGGAGAAAAAAUGUCUCGUAAAUAAGCGUGAAAAUGUAACAUUAAAAUUACCAAAGUGUCGAACACUUUUUUAUGUGUGUUUUUGUUUCUAUCUCAUUCGACUGCUACUUUUGGCAGAGUAAAUUUGAUAUGAAUUUGGUAAACGUUGAAUUGUUAUUCGGAUGCAAUUCGAUACGAAGACGUUUUUAUAUCAUUCGUUUCCGAUAUCUUCUUCGUCCAUUUAGGACACGCGACCAAUUAUUCGAGAGAACUAUCAACAAAAACAGUUGCCGAAUAAUAAACAAAGAGAAUAUAAUCAGAGACAAAUGAAGGAAAGAGAUCAAUUGCACUUUCGACCCGAAUUUUCAUCCGAACAAAAUAGUUAUCACAAAAUGAUAUUAUUAUUGAAGAAACGCUUAACGACAAAACAAACAAACGAUGAGAAACAUUAUUUCUUACGAAAUAUAUCGAUACGAUAUUAUUGUUCGUUAUGUAAUAUUCGUUAUUAAUUAUCGUCACAGUCCAAUGGUGUUAUUCACGCACAAUUAUUGGCAAAAGUAUGUAUCGACAGAAAAUUAUAAAAAUAUAUUCCAUUAUUUUUAACGUAAA